AUGUUAUUCCUACUCCUGUUAAUCUCAGCAAUCGGCGCCCUCGCCGUCCCAGCCCCAGGGCCAGCCCCAACCCCAGCGCCCACAGCGUCCCUCACCACCAACACCGCGCGCGACUACGCCCCCGAUCUGACCCUCGACCUCCCCACCAUCUCCAUCGAGCCGUUCACCCUCUCCUCCCUCAAUCUCCCCUCCACAACCUUCAGCCUCUCCCUCGACCUCCCGACAAACACCUGUACGCCCACCGUCACCCCCGACUCCAACGGCUACGUCCCACCAGGCAACUGCAAUGCGCUGUAUGCCUACUACCCCUCCUUCGCCGCCGCAGUGGCCUUCUCCGUGCUCUUCGGCAUCCUCCUAAUCGCCCACUUCAUGCAAGCAACCAUCUACAAAGCCGCCUUCGUCUGGGUGAUCCUCCUCGGCGCAGCAUGGGAAUGCACCGGGUUCGUCACCCGCGCAGUCAGCACGAAGAACCAGCAGGACACGACCGUUCUCACCGUGACGCAGAUGUUCAUUCUGACGGCGCCGAUCUGUAUGUCCACCCCGUCUCCCAUGCUACUGACAAAUCCCGUUAACAUGAAUACAUGCAGUGGUCAACGCCUUCGACUACAUGGUCCUGGCGCGGAUGAUAAACUUCUUCAUCCCCGAGCGGCGCAUCGGGAUCUUCAAGCCGUCCCUUCUAGCAGUGGUCUUCGUCUUCCUCGACAUCGGCGCCUUCGUCAUCCAGCUCAUCGGCGGCGGAAUGGCAACGCCCACCGCCGACGCCGCGACCAUGAAAAAGGGCCUGGACAUCUACAUGGCUGGCAUCGGGAUCCAGCAGUUCUUCAUCGUGUGCUUCACCGUCAUCGCGAUCCAAUACCACCGCCGCAUGCUGCGACUAUCGCGGGAGGGACGACUGACCGGUCUAAAAGCGCAGUGGCGGAUGCUGCUCUAUGCGCUGUACGCGAGCCUCCUGUUCAUUUCUGUGCGGAUCAUUUUCCGGCUGGUGGAGUUCUCGCAGGGCAACGAUGA